UGACAGCAUUUUGUUGAAAACACAUUAUAUGUGAAUCCAUUUAUAAUCCCGAUUGGACAUAGAUUUUCUGUGGUCAAAGGAAGACAAUUGUGAGUUUUUUAGAAAAAUAGACAAUUCCAGCAUGUCUGAUGAUCGUUGUGAAGAUACUUCAAAAACAGAUAUUCUUGAGGAAAAUGAAAAUAAAAAAGAAAAUGUUCCCCGGGAGACUCUGGAAAAAUGGGAAACUCUGAAAACCGAAUUGGUGGAAAUUGAAGAUGAAAACAAUGGAAAUCAAAUGGUUGGUAUAGGACAAGUUCAAAUCCCAGAUUUACUCGAUAAGAAGAAUAAAUUGAUUCUCAAAGGAAACAGCGAUGUCUGCACUGAACACAACUCUGAAGUUCAGAACGUUUGCAUUACUUGUAAAGAAAAGCUGUGUUCUGUUUGCUCUAAAUCUCAUGGGUUAGAAGCCGGGAAAGAUGUCCAUCAGAUAUUACCCUUGCUACAAUUUCUAGGCGAUAAGUUUCCUUGCGCCAAAUGCAAAAUAAGUGCUUCUUAUCACUGUCAUUCCUGCAACUUUGAUUUUUGCAACGAAUGUAGAAUCCGUCAUCAAUCCGACGUACUGAUUGACCAUGCAUGGCUGGAUAUCACAACGCAUGCCUUAAUCCUUGAAAGUAAAUCAAGGCCCCUUUGUGGUGUCUGCAGUGGGUCCGAUAUAAUUGAGGCACAUUCCUUCUGCCAAACCUGUAAACCUUUGCUUCCUCUCUGCGAAAGAUGUUCCAAAAAACACGAGAAAGCUUUUUCAACGCACAGUCUUUGCCCUGGUUUGCCACCAAAAAAUGAAGAAACCGAGAGUCAAGUGGACGAUGAUAAAUUCUCUGUCAAAUGCAUUCCCUGUAAAUAUGAGAAUGAAAGUAACAAUGCCACUUCAUUCUGUCAAACCUGCAAUGAACCUGAACCGAUGUGCUCAACAUGUGCAACGCAGCAUACUCGAGAGAGAAAAACACGUAAUCACAAACUUUGUAGCGAUCUUGAAAAGCUUCUUCGAAGUAAACGAAUAGAGAACGAUCCACUAUGUGAAAAUUGUGCAUUUAAUGACAUUACGUCCACAGCUAUUGGAUUUUGUCUUAAUUGUGAUGAGCCAGAGCCUUUGUGCAAAAACUGUAUAACUAUGCAUUUAAAACAAAAAAUUUUCCGGAAUCAUCAAAUUUGUUACGAGUUAGAAAAAAUCAAAACUGAUUUAGUUAAAGGGGCAAAGGUGUUGUACUGCGAGCCUUGUUCUUUUGAGAAAGAGAACCACAUUGCUACACAUUUUUGUCUUGAUUGUGAUGAACCCGAACCACUAUGCCAGGAAUGUGCUACACAUCAUCUCAAACAACGAAAUGGCAGAGGACACAAGCUUUGUGACGAUAUUGAAAAAAUUUCCCAGUCAACUAUUUUGAGUGAUAGAGAGAAAGACGAGAAGACAAUUUUUUGCGAUCCGUGUUUAUACGACAAUUUACAAAGCGUUGCAACGCAUUUCUGCAAAACAUGUGAAGUUCCUGAACCGCAGUGCCAAGAUUGUGCGAAGCAGCAUCUACGACAGCGAUCAGGAAGAGGGCAUAUUUUGUGUGACGACAUUAGAAAUUUAAAGUCACAAAAAUCAAAUUUGCCCCCUUUAGAGGCGGAUGCUCCGUUACAACCGGAUCCUAAGAUCCCCGGGAAGCCAAAAUCUUUAAAAAUCAAAUCCGAUGUUAUGGAGCUUUGUUGGGAAAAACCAUCAGAAAAAGUUGAUCAUUACCAAAUUCGGUAUAAGAGUUUGAACGACAAAGAAAAAUGGAAAUUUGUUGAAACCGAUUCCGAUGAAAAUCAUGUAACUAUAACAGGACUUAUGGCAAAUACACAAUAUAUAUUUCAAGUGAGAGGAAUUUUUGGGGAUGAGGAAGGACGUUAUGGACCAGUAAAUGAGGAUCUUUCGACAACAAAGUCAUUGGCAACAAUGAUGUUAGAAUCUUCAAUUCUUGUUAAUAAAAAUGAUCCUUCGAAAUAUCAACUUCCUGUUCAAGAAAAUCAAAGAGCUAGAAACCCUCAAGCAAGAACCAGGCAAUUAUUCUUAGGCAAACUCAAUCAUGGUUAUACUGAGGAGAAAACCAGUAUGCUAGUUGGAGCAACAGGUUCCGGAAAAAGCACAUUAGUAGAUGGCAUCAUUAACUACGUUUUAGGAGUGAGUUUUGAAGAUCCUUUUCGAUUUACAAUGGUUACACUGGAAGAUGAAGAAAAGAAAACUCAUAAUCAGGCCAUGUCUCAGACAGAAUGGAUAACGGUAUAUAGAAUUGCUCCAACUGAAGGAAGUCGACUCAACUACAUGCUUAACAUCAUUGAUACCCCAGGGUUUGGAGACACACGAGGAAUAGAACGUGACCACGCUAUUGUAGAUCAAAUAAGACACUUGUUUUCCGCACAAGGUGAACAAGGUGUCCUCUACAUCGAUGCUGUUUGCUUUCUUGUUAAAGCUCCUGAUGCACGUCUUACUGUCGUGCAAAAGUACAUAUUUAGCUCUAUCAUGUCUCUGUUUGGAAAAGACAUUGAAUCAAACAUAUGCACGCUAAUUACAUUUGCUGAUGGUGCACAGCCCCCAGUACUUGCUUCUCUAAAAGAGUCUAAUCUGCAUUUCGGUGCGACUUUUCAGUUCAAUAAUUCGGCCCUAUUUGCGGAGAAUAAAAAUCUAAAUGACAAUGCUUUGUCACCGAUGUUCUGGGAGAUGGGAUGCAAAAGUUUUGACAGAUUUUUCUUCCAAAUGAAUUUUUUUGAAACAAGAAGUCUCUGUCAAACAAAAAACGUUUUAGAAGAAAGAGAGCAGUUAAAAACUAUUCUUUCAAAUGUUCGACCCCAAGUAUCAGCAGGAUUGUCAAAAUUGUCUGAACUAAGUGAUCAGUUAGAUAUUUUCAACAGAUACAAAAAGGAAAUAGAAAACAAUGAAAAGUUUGAAUAUCAGGUCGAAGAAACCAGACAAGAAAUGGUUGACCUUCCAAAAGGUCAGCAUGUUACAAAUUGCCUUAACUGCAAUGUCACUUGCCAUGAAAAAUGCCAGAUAGCAGAUGACGCUGAGAAAAGUGGUUGCUGGGCAAUGGAUAGACAAACUGGACAUUGUAGAAUAUGCGUAGAGAAAUGCAUCUGGUCAGUUCAUAAAAACACUCCCUACAUCUUUAAAUAUGUUACUGAAACUGUCAAAAAAACAUACGCUGAGAUGAAGAAGAGAUAUGAAGAUGCUAUAGGCCAAACACUAUCUCACGAAAAGUAUAUUGAAGAACUGACUUAUGAUGUGGAUGAUUUGUUUGAGCAGGUUUCUUCAAUGAUGAAUGAGAUGAAUCGUUGCAAAACAAGACUCAAAGAGAUUGCGUUAAGACCUGAUCCUUUAUCAGCAGUAGAGCACAUCGAUCUUAUGAUACAGUCUGAAGAAAGUGAAAAACAACCAGGAUUUCCGAAAAGAGUAAAAAUGCUUAUGGAAAUGAAAAGAAUGGCCCUCGUAGACAAAGAUGUGGAGAGUUUCAGUCAAAAUAUAAAAGUCACUCGCAAGAACAUUCAAUCAGCCACAGGCAAAACUUUCACUAGAAGUCGAAGAGUGCGUGUCGUAAAGGGAGGAAAUGUUUUUUCGCGGGGUUUGAAUUACGUGAAAAAAUUAUUUUAACUUUUUCACGUAAAUCGUGCUUUAGUGGGU